AUGGGUCAGAGUGUUACCGUUGGUGUUGACGAUUCUUGUAACCAGAGUCUUUGUAAAGUCGAGAUUAAGCCCUGGCUGUUCACCAAACGUAAAGGGUCGAAAAGCUUAGAGGCGUAUUCUUGUAAGAUCGAUGUUUUUUGGGAUCUAUCUUCAGCGAAAUUCGGAUCAGGACCUGAAGCUUUGGGAGGAUUCUAUGUGGGUGUUGUUGUGGACAAAGAGAUGGUUCUGCUUCUUGGUGAUAUGAAAAAAGAAGCUUUCAAGAAGACCAACGCUUCUUCACCUUCGUCUCUAGGUGCGGUGUUCAGCGCCAAGAAAGAGCAUGUCUUUGGUAAGAGAGCGUUUGCGACAAAAGCUCAGCUUUGUGCUGAUGGGAAAACCCAUGAUCUUGUCAUUGAAUGUGACACGAGUGUUACUGAUCCGUGUCUCGUUGUUCGUGUGGAUGGGAAGACGUUGUUGCAGGUGAAGCGGCUUAAGUGGAAGUUUCGUGGCAACGAUACAAUAGUUGUGAAUAGAAUGGCUGUGGAAGUUCUGUGGGAUGUUCAUAGUUGGCUCUUUGGGAUGCCUUCAGCGGGAAACGCAGUGUUCAUGUUCAGGACUUGUCAGUCUUCUACGGAGAAGAGCUUGUCUUUCUCACAGGACAUUAUGGCAACAACAAACUCCAAGUCUCAAAGUUUUGGUUUUUCUUUGAUUCUGUAUGCUUGGAAGAACGACUAG